CAAUGGCUUGUUUAUAUGGAUAAAGUAGUUGAAUCCUCAGUUCCAGUCAAAUUUGAAACAGAAAUAAUAUGAAAUGGGGAAAAACGAUAAGAAACGUUUGAGCAAACACGAUUCUAAUUACGUUGGACGGCAACUAAUGAGAGCUCAGUAUCCAAAUACCCGAGUUUGAAUAGUGGAACAUGAAACCAGCGCCGUGAUGACACUUUGGACUAAUUCGCAGACGCGUAGCUAUGUAUGUGGUCCUCAUUUACAAUCGUACGCAGGAUACCGUACAAUAACAAUUGGCAACAGACAAUUCUGGUACGAGUUGUACGAAAGCUCGAUCAUAGCGCUAUUCACCAUAUGAUAUAUAGUGUAUACACUUAUGAAAAAAUGGCACUCAACCAACGCGAUUUCAUAAAAGUAAACUUUCAUUUGCCAAUCGCCAUUUUAAAAAGUAAUAAAGAUAAAAUCUAGAUAAGAUUGCGUCUGUGAGGACCCAUGCAGAUUACAGAUGCGAUCUAAAUUUAGAUUUCAAGGCUCGCAAAUCAUUAAAAUCAUCCUUGCAAGCAACUCGCUGUAUAAAUUUUUGAAUCAUUGAUCUUCUCGCCGCCGUGUUUUAACCGCGGUAACUCCAUCGCAAACCGUUGGUUGGCAACGUUCUUGGUCAUGUUUUACCUCGCUCAAUACCAGGUAAUUCCACCGCAUCAUUAGGGGUUCUUCAAAUUUCUAAUAUUCGAAUAUUAUGGGCCAACAACCGAGCAAAACAGAGGCGAUGUUUGUUCAUACCUGUUUGUUUAAUUUCGCGAUCAAUUGAAGCGCUCCGUGACCAGUUUUCAUAAUGAAAACAAGCGUCAGAAGACACAAUCUUUGGAGUAUAAUUCUGACAAAAUAAAAGGAAAAAGGUUAGAUGCUUUGAAAUAUUUCUAUUCGCUCUCAACAACCGCGGUUUGUGUCUGAUCCACCUGGAGGGUGAUUGACAAGCGUUUCAUCUCUGCUCAGCCGCUUGGAACGAAGGGAACUUGUCGCAAGAAUAAAAAAAUGCGCGAAAUUUUGUAGUUAUUGUGAUUUUUCCCUCGAGUCGUUCAGAAACAAACCGCGGUUGUUUUCGCUGUCAUACUAUCACAAACGUAUGGAUAUUUUGGCAUAUUGUCAGUUAAUCCAACCAGAAUGCACUCAGAGUUAUGAUGGCGCGUUUGUAAAAUGGCGAUUAUCGAGCUGAGAUAACUACAAGUGAUAAUUACUUUGUCUCUAUACCCUACAGGCAGUUUGUUCGGGUAAGUAUAUUAUAGCUAAGUAUUGGCCCCUGAGAUGAUCAGAGUUUCUUAUUCUUAAGCCCAGGACGUGUUUCUUAGUACAUGCUCCAGGCGGUGUAGCAGGUCAGUGUAUCAGGCUCCAGUCCUUGCAUCCUAACAAAUUUUCAUUUUCUCAGCGUCAAUGUAUAUCUUUUGUUUAUUGAUUUUUAGGACAAGGCAAGGGUUCCCGAUGCGCAGCAUCACAUUGUUUCUCGUUCUUCUUUUGUGCCUUUCAAUAAAAGGUCGCACGAUUAAGACCGUAUUGGCGAAGAAGGAUGAACGACUUGAUAACAACUUUCAAGAUGAUGAAAUGGGCAGCGACAUGAAUGAAAGUAUUUCUGAUGAGAAAGAUGAAAUGAUGGAAGACGAAGACGAUAUGACAAAACCUGAAGAGAAUCUUGGAAUGCAUUACUUUCAAGGAGACGUACUCACGACAAACGAUCAAAUGGCUAAACUCACAAAAAUGCUAGAUUCAUCGACAGCUGACGAUCAACCGCACUCCCGCGCCUUGGUUAAGAAUGUUCGCAGAACAUGGAGAAAGAAAGUUGUACCUUAUGUCAUCGCAAAAGGCGUUGAUAAAUUUCGAAGGGGGAUUAUUGCGGCUGCUAUCAAACAUUGGCAGAAGAAGACGUGCUUGAAAUUCAAAGAAAGAGAUGGCGAGAAAGAUUACAUCAAGUUUAAGCAAAAACCUGGAUGUUCGUCUUAUGUUGGGCGUAUCGGAGGAGAGCAGGAACUUAUUGUUGGCGAGAAAGGACAUGCGUGUCGCGUUGGUAAUAUCAUUCAUGAAAUCGGUCACGCUAUGGGAUUCUUCCAUGAACAGUCAAGACCAGACCGAGAUGAAUUUGUCAAAAUAAAUUGGAAAAAUGUUAAACCAGGUUACAAAGUAAAUUUCAUGAAGUUUUCCAAACGCAUCAUCGACUCGAGGGAUGUUGUCUAUGAUUUCGGCUCUGUUAUGCAUUAUCCCAAGCUCAUCUUUGGCAAAAAUCAAAAAACCCCGACGGUAAUCCCAAAGAAACGCGCUAAGAUUGGACAAAGAAAAGGGCUCAGCGUUUUAGAUAUUUUGCAAAUCGGGAAACUAUACGGUUGCCCUGUCAAGUCUGGUGAAAAGAAAGACGAAGAUGAGAUGGAAAAUAGUUCAGACACUAAUAUUGAUAACGAAAUGAACACUAUACCUUAGCCUAAUCCUUAGCUAGAUAGAAACCAGAAUACACCUUCUCAUAACGACGUCAAACGCGGAAAGGCCGACGUCAUAGACGAAGUUUGAUUGGCUCCGCAAAACUAACCAACCAAUCAUACGUAACCUCAAGCGUUCCGCGUUUGACGUCACAGUCAGAAAGGAAUAUUCUAAUUUUGCUUCGGACAAUAUAAUUUAAUCCAAGACCUUAAGCGCCGUGUACAUUACACUCAAUUUAUUGGCACGGCACGGCUGAAAUAGGUUCCCGUGCCCAAUUUUAUUAGUGUUCAGGCUACCAAAACAAAGUUCGGGCACAAUUAAAUAAGAACGCGGGUACCCAUUUUAGCCCUGCCCUGCCAAUAAAUCGAGUGUAGUGUAAACAGGUCUUUAGUUAGCAAUUGUUUUACAAAAAUCUGUUUGCACCAAUUUUUUGCUACAACUUGCUUACAAUGAUGUUCAAAAGUAUAGAUUUGUUACAAAAUGCUGGAAUAUAAGUCUUUGUGAUAGUCUUGCAACUGUCACAGGGUUGAAAAAUAUAGACAGUUGAUGAGUUGUUGACACUUAAAGACGUCGAUGUAUAUGCAACAAACAUGCAUAUAUGAGACAUAUACACAAUAAUGUCGAACUAUGGUUUCAACUGACAGCUGAAAUUCUAUGUUCCGCUUGCGUGUUCCACACUUGUAACCGCACUCGUUAAACGAAUGUGAAACUUUGGGACACGUGUCAGCAACGGGUACUGAUGUUUUGAAAUGGAGUAAUUACUACUUUUCAUAUGCAAUUUUGAACACACAGACAAUAAAACCGCUUUUGAAAACAAGUCAAAAUCGUUUGAUAUAUACCCGUUGGUAUAUACAAGAACAAGAUAAGUUUCAUAGAGCAGGUAGAUUGUCUU